AUGGCCAACUUUGCUGAGUUACCUACUGAGCUUCGACUCAAGAUAUGGUCCUGCGCUGUGGAACCUCGGGUUCUUAUUCUCGAUGACCUGGUUCAGCAGAAGGAAGCAUAUCCAUUGCCUUCUGUGACCCAGCUGAAUGUGGAAGCUCGCGCAGAGACUCGUCAUGGCUAUGAAUCAGUCGGACGGGGAUCAUGUUUUCACUUUUCUCGAGAUAUAUUGGUCUGCGACCCCAAUAUUUCGGACCAGAGACCAAAUGUGCCCCUGGAAGAGCUGGCCAUGCGCGUGGAACGACUCGCCUUUUGGGACUGUUUCCCCGACGAUGGCCGCAUAGACGGCUUGUUUCAUUACUCGGCGUACCUUGCAGCGUGUUACCCGAGCGGCAAACAUGGCAAGAUCGAGUUUGAUAAGUUUUGGUUUCCAAACUUGCGAGAUCUCUGGAUCAUCAAGGUUGGCGAGGUAGAUCGAUCCUGGAUGGUGGGCGUCGACAAGGAUAUGCCUUGUGAAGUUCGCUUGCGGAAAACGGCCAGACAGUUUCGAUACUGGGUGGAUGAGGACAUCAUCGAGAUUGCUCCAUUGGACUUGAGCGAGCCAGAAACCAAACUGAUCCUCCGAGAAGGGAGAUGUGGCAAAGAAGACUGCCAGAGACUCAACCAUGGCCGACAAAGGAUGGUGUCCAAGGUGGUCUUCGUGGAUGGCAAGUAUACCCCUAACAGGCCAGACGACAAGGUAAACAAAUGGCAGCGCAUCUGGCCAUGGUCUACCAUGGUCGAGCAGGGCAGUACGGAGACUGAUACAUCUGCCAACCGAAUGAGAUGGAUCAUAGUCGAGCGGAUCCUGACGUUUUCAUUGCGCUGGGACGGUUUGGAUGACCUGUCCUCCGACCAUCGACGCAUACGCCGCGCACAAACCGCAGUCGAAGCGGCUUGA